CUUAUACUACGCUUAUGGAAAAUAUUCUUCUUUUUUAUUUGCCUUUUUCAAAGUACAUUAUACACCACCUAAUCAAAUUUAUUAAAAUGUCAGGAGUCAAGGACUCGCUUGACUUUUGUUGUUAUAGUUGUUAGUCAUAAUGGAAAUGGAAAUAUAACCUGUGAAAAUAAUUACUCUUUCCUUAUUUCCUCAAACAUUGAAGUGAUUACGUUGUAAUGAAUUAAACCACAGCAUCAAGCAGUUGUUGUUCUAUUAUCUCAAACGAUAUUAAUUAAAAAAUGUUUUCCAAUGGUUUAACUUGCAAUUUACCGUUUAGUUGUAUGAGUGUAAGAGACUCAGGUUCCGAUGAACUACUACCUAAUAAAAUGUCUCGGGAGCCUGUGUUGUUAAAUGUGUAUGAUAUGUACAAAAUUAAUGAAUUUACCAGUAACAUUGGAUUGGGUGUUUUUCAUUCAGGUGUUGAAAUAUAUGGAACAGAGCAUGCUUAUGGAGGCCAUCAAUAUUCAUUUACUGGCAUAUUCGAAAAUAUACCUAGGGAUGAAAAAGAAUUAGGAGAACAGUUCAAAUUUAGACAAACAAUACAUAUAGGAUAUACAGAUUUUACAGAAGAAGAUGUUAAACGAAUUGUUAAUGAAUUAGGAAAGGAAUUUAGAGGCGAUAGAUAUCAUCUUAUGAACAAUAAUUGUAAUCACUUUUCAGGAGCAUUUUCUAAGAUAUUAUGUGGGCAAGAUAUUCCCCCUUGGAUUAACAGACUGGCAUAUUUCAGCAGUUGGGUCCCAUUCUUGGAACGCUGCCUACCGAAAGAGUGGCUAAUGCCGAUGGCUCUUCAACACUCGCUCAGCUGUCGGCAAGAUUCGACAUGCUCGGAAGCAUCCACAUCGCCAUUUUGAAAUGUGAAAAACAAUAUUUCUGUGUAUUAUCAGUGAAUUUUAACCUUUAUUUCACAAACAUUUUUCAUCAUUCUAAAUAAUCAUUUGUUUGUCGAACUGAUGUUUUACUAAUAUGAUAUUUUUAAAUUUUUGAAAGUAGUAAAUUAGCAUUUUUUAUUUAGAUAAUUUUUUAUGCCAGGUAAAUUUGUAUAAAUACCUUUUGAGAUACUUAAAGACUGGCAUGCAUUUGGUUCCUUAAAAUAGGUAAUGAGUUUAUAAAGAGUUGUUUAAUUAAUACAGGUACAUGGAUUAACUGGCAAAAGUAUAAGAAGAGUACAAUGUAGAACAAAUUAAUUGGCGAGGAACCGCAAAGUGGGCGACGCCUGGUGGCGAAUUUGAAAAGCAUCAACUCUAGGAAAACAUUGACUUUGUCAUUAAUUGGUGUACAUAUUUGCGGUCAAUUUAUGUUGUUAUUAACAAUGAUUUCGACUUAAAAAACUAUUGCAGUGUUCCUCAGUAAUUAUUCCUAUUAUACUCUACGUAAUGACGUAAACUAACCAACGCCAAAUCACACGUUUUGUUAAUUUAACGUUUGUAUUAAACGUAGUAUUUUUUAUUGUUUAAGCGACUGCAAAAUUAAAUAAUUAAAUAAAAUGUAGUGUAUAUUCUGUACAUAGAAUGUACAUUGUUAUGCAAAAUAUUCCGAUCACCUCAUAAUUUCCAGAACACAAUUAUUAUAAGAUAAAUUCACCUACUUAGUUUCCAGUUUUUAUUUAACUAAAAAUUGUUACCUGUUGGCCUAAAAUAAAUUGUAGUGUACCUAUUAAUUAAAUUAAAAACAAAAUUAAAAAUUCUAAGAUAGAUUGUGAUUAUAGAUAGCUGUGUGAUUAUCGGGGGGCCAGAUUUUUUUAUUAAAAAAAAGGUAAAAACAAAUCAGUAGUUAGCAUCAAAUUUUAAUGAAUGCAUACAGAUGAAACAUAAUUUUGAGUCGUCUUUAACCUAUAAGAUGUCUUAGUGGCAAAACUUAGUGGUUACUUUGGCAAAACACUCGUGUAAAUGAUUUUAAUUUAACGUUUUAGAACUGUGAGGUCAAAUGACAAAAUCAAUUGUUUUUCUAGAGUUAUCGUCCAUCUUUGAAAUUUUGAGCGCCCUCUGUCGGAAUUUAAUUUUGCGAAUAAGACGUUUUUGGGUGCUUAACAGUUGGUUGAUUGCCGACGGACAAAACUGCCUCCUUCGGCAACGCUGGCUACUCCGUGAGUCUUACUUCGAUUAUGUGAUCUAUACUCCGAUAGGAGUAGCCGGCAUCAUCGAAGAAGGCCGGCACGCUCCCAUCGGAGUAGUCGGCAAUCAAUCUUAAUAAGUUUUUAACUGAACUUAACUAUUUACUACAGCUCUGAAAUAUGCAUUUAAAAAACUGGAUUGGGCUAAAAGGGGAAUAAAUAUUGAUGGUGAAUAUCUGAGCCACUUGCGCUUUGCAGAUGACAUUGUCCCUAUAGCAGAGAGUUUAAAUGACGCUCACAAAAUGAGGGAAGAACUAAAACAGGCGAUAGAACAAGUAGGCCUGAACAUAAACUUUCUCAAAAAACAAAAUACAUGACCAAUUCAGUUCCAAGUGAUGUUAUGAGAGUAGAUAGCACGAAGUAUGGAUAAAAAAUGUUUACAUUCACAAUUCCCAAGGUAUUUUAUAAAUGCAGUUCUUUGAUUUCUCCCGUGUGUUGUUGGCUUUGGUUAUGGAAACAAGAGAUAUGGGCGUUGGUUGUUUUAAAUGUUGUUGCUAUGAUGUAUUUAUUUCCUAUCCUCUUUAAUUUUUUCUGACAAACCUGUUACAUAAUGAUGUUUAAACGGAGUUUUUGGUGUUUUGUUGUUUUCCUUCUUCAAUCUUGUGAAAUUUCUAGUUUAUAAAUGACAACGAAUGAUCAUUUUUUAUUAGAAUCUUUAUUAGCAGAUUUUUUUCCUGAAAUCCAUUUUUGAUGGGACUGGAGUUUUUAACUUGAAACCGAAAUUUCAACUUGUUUUAAUUUUGUAUUGACUACUUUAGAAGAACUCAGUUUACGUUUUGUAUCUACAGUGCCAACAAGCUGUCUUUUGGAAUUUGGAAAACAUUUCACUAUACAUAAACAUCUGUAAUAGAGCUUUACUAUAUUAGUAAAAGUUGUCAGAGCACAAGCUCUGACUCGACAAAUCAGCAAUAUUAGAUACCAUUUUGGAAAAUCAAAAAUAAUAUUUUGACUUUUAAGAGCAUACAGUAGCGCGUCAUCAAUAUAACUUCGAGAGAUAGUAUCUACCUUUACCUAGUAAAAUCAAUAUUUUGACAAUUAUCUGAUCAAUUGACUCAUAGGCGCGCUAAAUAGAAGUAAUAGAAAACAAUUUUAUUAUUAGUAAAUAAAUAUUUAAAAAUAAACCAAAAUGGGUGAAAAUUUUAAGUUAACAGGUAUUUGCACGAAAUAAUAAUAAUUAAAUAAUAAAUAGUCAUUUCGUUGUGAAGCGAAACAAGAGCCGUCUUAUUUUAUUUAGUUCACAGAGCGCCUAACGCACUCUAACUAGUUUCAACCCCUUUUUUUUUAAAUAUAAUUUAAAUGACCUUUUGCCAUUUUUUAAACUAUUGAUAAUAUUUUUAGAAUAAAAAAUCCUCCUAAAACUUUAUAUACUCGCAUUAGAAUUCGAAAUAUUUUUACGUAAAAUAUACUUACCUACAUAUAACUAAAACUCACAAUUAACAAUAAUCUAUUUUUUCAAAUAGGCCAACUUAGUUCUAUCACCGAACAACCCGAAGGUGCACUUCAAUAAAUUUCAUUGUUUAGCUGUGGGACAGAUUCUGUGACCUUGCGCCAUUUUAUCGGUCCAAGUGGUCAGAUCCGGCUUUGCUUAAAUAUAUGUUGCAGCACCGGUGUUGAUUUUUCAAAUAAGUGUAUCAAAUAAAAUUUAUUUACUUUAAACUUAUUUAACAUAUAAUUUUAAUUAAAAAAUAUAUCGAGACCUAAUAGCGAUCUAAUAAGAGCUUCUCUGUAUUCUAUGUAUUUUAUCUCUAUUUCUGUAUUUUUUUUGUACAAAAAAUAGGAGUUCCAAGCUCUACAAUAACAAAAUGUAUGUAUAAGUACGUUUUCAACAAUAUUUUAUAUACAGGGUGUCCAAAAACUCUACCGACAAACGAAGACAGGAGAUUCCUCAGAUAAAUUUAAGACAUUUUAACCUAAUUCUUCUAGUCCGAAAAUGCUUCCUAAGAGGGCUAGAGCUCUUUAAAUAUGCCGUCUUGUAAUUAGUUUUUCUUAAAUAACUCCAGAACGCUCUCAUUUAGAAUCAUGAGAAUUGGUACGCAUAUUUAUCUUUCAGAGAUAAAUCGAUUACAUUUAUUGUGAACUUUUAGUACCGGUCAUAGGCGUCAGUUUUGGGUAGGGCAACGGUUAUUUUAUCGGAUAACUUUUAUGUCUUUAACUUUUAAGCAUUUUUGACACUGGAUUAUUAAAUUAUGAGGUAUCCUAGUACUAAAAGGUACUCUUCCUUUAAGUCGGUAGAACACACGGUUUUCUAAAAAAAUCGAUUUUAAAAUUUUUCGUUUCUUGAAUUUCCAAAAAAAAAUAAAAAAAAAAACAGUUAGAAAAACGAAAAUUGUUACGUUUAUUUAUAUUCCAGAGAUGAAUCGAUUUCAUUAAUUGCGAAUUUAUAGUACCGGUCAUAUGCGUCCGUUUUGGGUAGGUCAAGAGUUAUUUUAUCGCAUAACUUUUUUGCCUUUAAUUUUUAAGAAUUUGUGACUUUAGAUUAUUAAAUAAUGAGCUAUUCUAGUACUAAAAGUUACUCUUGGUAUAAGUUAGUAAAAUACACUGUUUUUUUUUUGAAAACUUGCAGUUUUUUUUUCAAAUUUAAAAGACGAAAAAUUUUCAAAUCGAUUUUUCUAGAAAACGGCGUGUCCUACGGACUUAAAUCAAGAGCACCUUUUAGUACUAGAAUAUCACACAGUAUAAUAAUCCAAUAUCAAAAAUGCUUAAAAGUUAAAGAUAAAAAAGUUAUGCGAUAAAAUAACCGUUGCCCUACCCAUAACGGACGCCUAUGACCGGUACUAGAAAUUCACGAUUAAUGAAAUCGAUGCAUCUUUAGAAGAUAAAUGUGUGUACCAAUUGUUGUUUUUCUAAAUACAAGGGUUCUGGAGGUAUCUAAGAAAAACUAAUUAUAAGACGCCAUCUUCAAAGAGCUCUAGCUCCCUUAGGAAGCAUUUUCGGACUAGAUGAAUUGGGUUUAAAUGUCUUAAAAUUAUAUGAGGAGUCUCCUGUCUUCGUUUGUCGGUAGAGUUUCUGGACACCCUGUAUACAUAAUAUAGGUAAAGUUUUGUUCUGAAGCUAUUUCCUUGUGGCAUUUUUAUAAUCAACUAUUUUCAAUGAUUGAAUACAAGAAUUAUUUUGUAUUUUAACAAGAACACCUGACUUGGGCGUCGAAACGUUAAUAAAAUCAUUUUUUUGGUAAAAUUGUGGCUUAUUUCCCAUUGAAAAUAAUAUUAGGUAAAGUUUCAUAGUUAAUACCAAAUUUUCAAGUACCUAUCCAUUUAAGUACAUAAACAUUUAUAAAAACAUUGUGAAUUUAAAAAUGCUUACCUUGAUUCGUCUUUUGGAAAACGGAAAAAACUAUAGCUGAAAUUUGAUACCGUGUUUUUACAGUUGAUCGCUGCACAGAUUAAAUUCGAACUGCCUUUCUUUUUGUCCAUAUCCAUAAUUAUUAUUGCACAAUGCACAAAAACAAAAUCACCGAACAGAACAACACAAAAUCAAAGUAACCCCGAAACAAGCGUGAUCUGACAACAACAAUCACAAAUUGAUCGUGUCAGCAGCGGACCUGUGGACCGAAAAAAUGGCCGCCAGCCGUGCGCAAACCAGAUGCGCGAACUCUUCCCGCCGAGUCGACUGUGCCUUCGGGUUGUUCGGUGGUUCUAUUACACAAAAAAAAAUAUAACAAAUUAACUAUAAAUAAACACUACUUUCCUAUGAAACAACAAUAACGAAUUCUUAAAAUGAUACACUACUGCACUGAACAGAUAUCGAUAAAGAUCAGAAGGUAAGAGAAAAUUUGACGCAGGUUUGUUAAAAUGACAGUGACAGUCAGCCGUGUGAUGGAUGACCGAAGUUAUCUUUAACGUAAAGUUAUCCUGUAGUUAAGUUAUAAUCCUCGAAUUGGUGUGAUGUAUCAUAUUUAACUUAACUACCUACUUGCGUUAUUUCUUGACAGUUCUUGAAUUAUCUGAUAUAUCAACUGUCACUUUAUAACGUGACGUUAAACCUCAAGUUAUGAGAUAACUUUGUAGUUAUGUAAGUAUAUGUAAGGUUACGUUCAUCUUUUGACUUGUUUUUAGACAGAAAUCAAGUGAAUUUAGUAAUAAUUUAAUAAUUAAUUAUAGAAGGUUAAUACAAUUUUAAAAAUUAUACAAAAAUCAAAUCGAGAGAUAUAAGUUGAAAUUUUAUUUUAAGUACCUACUGAGCUUUCUAUCCAGAGUUGCCAGAUGAUAUUUUAUAAAUCCCCCACUCAGAAACUGAAAUUCCCUCAAAUUGAAGCUAAAAUACCCCAAAUUUAAAUUUUUGUCGCAUUUUAAUAAAUUAGUAGUCAAUUGAAGAGAACAGUAAACCAAAAUUAUACUACUUAUCAACGAGGGCUCUGACAAUAAUUAAUAGUUCCUAUCGUCUUCGAUUAUAUGGGAGUAUAAUAUACGUCACACUACAAUUUCUGCUUAGAAAAAUUUCCCUAGACGCUUUCAAAUUACCCCAAAAUUGUGGGAAAAUACACCAAUCUGGCAACCCUGUUUCUAUCUACCGUUUGAAACACCACCGAACCCGAACAGAUGUUCGGUCAAUCCUGUAGCAUGUUCCGAACAAUUUCUCGCGCUCACUCCAUUUUGUACUAUUUCUACAUAAGGUUCUCUUUGUUACGUCAAACUUUGUUCCUAAAAUGUUAUUUCUAAUAUAGCGUUGAAAAAAUAACUAUCUCAUAACUGUGAAGAAUACAUCACACCCAAUUUUACCUAAAUAGUUAUGGACAUCGUUAUACCUGAGAGUAAUCUUAACUUUAACUCAAACGUUAAAGAUAACUUUGGUCAUCCAUCACACGUCUGAAUUUCUCUAUGUUACGUAAUUGGUUAUACAGUGGAAUCCCGAUAAGUCGGCCUCCGAUUACCCGGAAGUUCGGCUAACCCGGACCGAUUUUCAUCAGACAAAACAAAGAUUUUUUCAUUUUGACAGAGUUUUUUACCAAAAAUAAACAAUACUGUAUACAAUUGUACGUAAUUUAGAUGUAUUGUGCAUAUAUAUUUCAUGUUUUUGCAAUUAUAAUGUGUCUUUGUUUAUUAUUUAUAUGUAUUUUAUUAAUUUUACCAUAUUCUCCGGCUAAUCCGGAUUUUCGAUAACCCGGAUCGGCCGCGGUCCCGAUUAAUCCGACUUAUCGAGGUUCCACUGUAAUAUGUUCGAUUUCUUGUAAGAAAUAAAAAAUUUUAGUAGGUCCAAAAUGACACAAAAUCUAGGCCUGGGAUAAAAAAAUUUAUUCGAAGAAAGUAUAUUAAUUUGUUCUUCUUAAUGGCGGUACAGGCUCCUUUUUGCAGUAUUUUCUUUAGUUAUAGAGUAAUUUCCACAUAAUAAGAUAUUUCUAAAAUUGGACUCUGUACCGCCAUUCUUUAUUAUAUUAUGAAUAUGUGUGCCAAAUAUCUCGACAAAAUAUUCAAAAUUACAGCCGCAAUCUUGGACCGCGUUUGUUGCUACCUGUUGAUCGCUACUGUAUGCUCUCAACACAAAUACAUAUCACAUCACAAUAUACAUAUUUUUAGAACUAUGUACAAUAUUGUGAUUCAAAUUCUUAAUUUAACCCUUAACUACAGACAUGGAUGUUUCAGAACGUAGAUUCUGACAUGCGGUAUGUGAUACCGUUACCUAUUCUGCUUUGUUUUCAAUAUGAAUUCGUCUUAUGUCAGUGUAUUUGUUUUCUAUAUCAACUAUGGAAUAGUGCUCCAAAUAAAAUACACUUAAUUUUUUCAAGAAAAUUACGAACGCUUGCAUAAUAUUAAAUAAAUGAUGGAGGUUCUUACAAAAUUAUUUAUAAACUAAAUUACAAAAAGCUAGUAUUGGUAAUGGUAACUAAAAAAUAGUAAAAUAAUGUUGAAAGCACUUGAAAAAGUAGAACAAGUGGAUGAACUUGCUACCAUACUAAUGGCGAAAGAUUACUGAAUGAACUGCUUUUAACUAUUAGAAACGUAAACAGUGACAUGCGGUACGUGAUACCGCAAGAAAACUACGUCAACGUAGCUCAAAGACUAAACCAUACUACAACAGCUGCAGUUGGGAGCAGGUACAGGUACACACCACUUGAAGGUACACAGAUGGUGUUCAAGGAAUGUUUUAUAAAACAAGUUUUACAACAAAAUAUAUUUUCGGCGCGGUAUGGCAUACCGCAUGUCACUGGUUAAACCAUCUACAUGAGUAUUUUGAAGUAUAUUAACCGUGACCCUUUGUCCCUUUUGAAAUGUAUGUGUCUCUAUUCGUUGGUUUCAGGUACAUAUUCUAGAGAUAAGGCACCUUUUAGUACUUGUAUUUUUCUAAGACGAUGCAAUACAUUAACAGGGAUUAACAAAAAACGUACAUGUUUAAAAAAAACGUUAAAACAUGUUUUCAUAUAAACGUACAUUCCAUGUCAAAUCACUCAGGCAAAAAAUUUUGGAACUCCGAUUUGUCUGAAAAUUGGUAUAUAGCUUCUGCGAGACGUAAAAAUAAGAUAUUUAAGGUCAAAAAAUCUUCUUCUUUUUUUCUCAAAAUGUUAUUUUAUGCGAUUUUACAGUGAUUUCGUGUUUAUUUAAACAAAUUUGCAUUUUCUGUCGUAAAGUAUCAAUGAAAAACAUAAUAUUUUAAUAGAAAGGACUCAAAAAUGUCAUUAUAUGGCAUUAUAACAAGUUAUUUUGAAUUAAAACAAGUUUUUGAUCAAAUUUUAUAGUGUAAAAAACGUUAAAAUACCGUUUUUUACAUUUUCUUCCAUUCCCAAAAUACAUCAUCAUCGAUUUGGCUGAAAAUUUGCCCACAGAUAGCCAAAAAAUAGGAGUUUUAAGUGGUUAGAAGGAUUUGAAUUAUAUUACAAUACCAAAAAAGUUACAUGCAGUAAUAUCAGACUCAAAAGUAUAUAUUAGUCCAGUCGGGAUAGCAUUUGACCGUGAAUGCCGAGCUGCCCAAAAUUUUAUUUUUCUGAUCUUUAGGGGAGUUAAUAGUAGCCUAAAUUUAAAAUCACGAAUGAAUUCCUCCGUUACGUUAGCAGCCAUCUUUGAUUUUAAAGGAGAACCAUUUUUAACUUUUCGACAAAAAUGGUAGGAACUGAAAUUGUUCCAAAUAAAUCGUGUUUACAAUUAUUACAAUUUCUUUUUAACAAUUUUUGUCAUGAGGUCGUUAUUUUCGAGUUAAUUUUACUUACAGUAGACGCCUAUAUUUUUGACUAUAUUAUUGCAUGUAACUUUUUUGGUAUUGUAAUAUAAUUCAAAUCCUUCUCACCACUUAAAGUCCUAUGUUUUGUCUAUUUGUGGGCAAAUUUUCAGCCAAAUCGAUUAUGAUGUAUUUUGGGAAUGGAGAAAAAUGUAAAAAACGGUAUUUUAACGUUUUCUACACUAUAAAAUUUGAUCAAAAGCUUGUUUUGAAUCAAAGUAACUUGUUAUAAUGCCAUAUAAUGACAUUUUUGAGUCCCUUCUAUUAAAAUAUGUUUUCCAUUGAUACUUUACGAUAGAAAAUGCAAAUUUGUAUAAAUAAACACCAAAUCACUGUAAAAUCGCAUAAAAUAACAUUUUGAGAAAAAAAGAAGAAGAUUUUUUGACCUUAAAUAUCUUAUUUUUACGUCCCGCAGAAGCUAUAUACCAAUUUUCAGACAAAUCGGAGGUCCAAAAUUUUUUUUGCUCCAAAAUUGAGUGAUUUGAAAUGGAAUGACCCUAAAACUUCAUGUUUUUAUUUUCUUAUUAUUGAUUUAUUUAGUCAGAAUUUUCCAGUUUAUUUAUGUACAAUUAUUAAUGAAAUAUGUACUCUAUGAUCGAUUUGAUGGGAUUUUACUAGUGUAUUUUUAAACUGUUGCAUUUAAUCGAAAAUAUUUUAUAAAUCUGUUAUUAAUUUGAUAAAGUACAUACAUUAAAAGGUAUUUAUACAGUUAUACCACUGAUACGACCAAUUAUUCAAACUUCGCAAAUAGAGCGAUAAUAGUUUUCUCGUAUUUUUCAACGUUGCCUUAUGGGUUCAGAUGGUGUUUUCUAUUGUCAUUACCAUUAAUUCAAGAACAUACAAAAUCGUAAAAUCUUAUCACACCAAUUAUAUAUUAUAUACCUUAUACCAGUCGCUCUUUUUGUAUGUCCGCAAUUACUUACAUUUCAUUAGGUUGAUUUUUCCCCUAAAGAUCGAUCCUCGAAAUAUUCUUGUGAGUUUAGAUAUUUCGUAUAUGUUUAAAAAGUCUAUAGGUGUCUAUAAACUAAAAGGUAAACGCAUUGUUUAUAUAGUAAUAGUUGGUCAACGUAACGAGUAAAUUUGUUUGAUUCUAAUUGAGACAGUCACCAAAUGUCAUCACCAUUUCUGUCCGGGUUGCAAUGUCACGCGUAACUAAGAAUAUUAAGAACAAGCUGAAAAUGCGAGCAUUAUCAUAACGAAAACUUUGUUUAUUUACGUAUGUAUUUAAAUUCAUAAUAUGGAAAAUUUCUAUUAUGAAAAGUUGUUUUGUAUUAAAUGCUAUGUUUUAAUAUGCAAUUAUAUCCUAAUUUAAAUAUUGUGAACUAUAAAGGUACUCUACUCUCGAGCGAAAUUCAUAUUUUUUGACAUACCUCGAAUAAAAUUGAUAAAAUUUGAUAUAUGAUGAUUGGAUCUUAGAUUUUAGACCAUGCAGAUCUUUUUAUGAAGAAUAACUUUUCUUCGUAAAAUUAAUAAUAAAAGAGUUAGGAAUGAAAAUGAUAUUGGUAUUCGUAAUUUAAGAAAAAUUUUCAAAUAUUUUUUUUAUCUUUAGAAGGAUGUACAAGUAAUUGCAUAUUAGAACAUAGUUUUUAACUCCAAACAACUUUUUAUAAUAACACUUUUCAAUAUUGUGAAAAAUAAAGACACUUUAAUCUUGAUCGAACUUCAUAUUUUUUGACAUACCUCAUAUAAUAUAGAUUUGAUAUCUAGUAAAAAUAAAUAAAUACAAAAUAAACAGUUUUCCUUGAAAAUAGUGAAGUGUAAUUUAACAUUACAUUAACAUAAAUAAAUAAAAUUUGUUUAUCUGACAUUUUAAUUUUAUGUUGACGUUUAGUUGCGUCAAACGAAAACAAAGUAGAGUUGACGUUUCUAUGUCGGAAGAAAAUGACAAUUUAAAGGAGGCUUGUGACGUCACAAUGACGACUUUGAGGUCGGAUAUCUCGAAGAUGGUUAGAGAUAGCGAAAUGCCGUUUUCAGAUUUGGAUUCAGAAGACAAAACUACAUAGGAAUCCGUCGCUAGGUGGCCUCUAGGUAUUUCAGGAGCGGCAACGCAAUAACACACACACUUGCGAAUUUAUAAACGAAAAGUUUUCGUUGAAAAUAAAUAUAUGGAAGGAUAUAAUUUAGAAAUUGAAUUAAUGAUGUCAUGCUAUUAUAUGUAUAAUGUAUAGUAGUAUAAUAUUAAGAAAAAUAAAUAUAUGGAAGAAUAUAAUUUAGAAAUUGAAUUAAUGAUGUCAUGCUAUUAUAUGUAUAAUCAUUGUUUAAGAAAUAAUCUAUAGUAGUAUGACAUCAUUAAUUCACUUUCUAAAUAUAUUCUUCAAUUAUAUUUAUUUUUCUUAAUAUGUAUGCGAGUUGGGUGUGUUAUGAAUAGGAUCGUAUCCAACUUGGUGUCUAUGCAUUUUGGAUUUAUCGUAGUUACGCGUGACAUUGCAACCCUGACAGAAAUGGUGGUGACAUUCUGGUGACUGUCUCAAUUAGAAUCAAACAAAUUUGCUCGUUACGUUUACCAACUAUUACAAUAUAAAUAUAGGAUUCCUUAAAGACAAUCGUAAUAAAAGUCCGUAUGAGGCUUAACAGUUUUAAUUAAUAAAAUAGACAACUAAAUUAUGGAUACUAUUAAGUUGACUAAAUGUAAAAGUGUUUGUGUAAUUGCGACCAAAAUUUUACGUGUUCUUACAAAAAGAAAUGUAUUUGGAAAUAAUUGCGUCUAAUCAAUAUUAUAACCGGCUUGUCAUAAUACCCGUCUUAAAGCGUCUCUUUAAGUUGCGUCUUUUUCGAUUAUCCCAAAUAACACGUCCGUCGAGGUUCUGAUGUUAAAAUCGACUAACUGUAUUGAUUCCCACACUAACCAAAACCGCCUCCUUUCUUCCCCUCUUCAUGCUUAAAUCCGCAACUAUUAAAAUUCUACUGCAAUAAAUUUCGUUCCCUAUUAGUAAUAAAAAUAGGGUUACCCAGUGGCGAAUGUUAUUCUUAUGUCUUAAAGAUUAAAAGUUAAAAGUAGUUCGCGCCGGUUGGGCUACCGUAGUAAUCCCAAUCCGUUCCACCCAUCUGGGCCGACGUAGGUCCAUAUGUGUGAAACUCUUAUUUCGUGCUCUUAAUAAUUAUUAAGAAAAAUUAUAUACAGGAGACUUAAAAAUAUAAGAUAAAAUAUUUACAAUUCUACAUAAACAAUGGUAAAGGUACGUUGCACCUUCGCAGAUUGCUACGGUUGUCAUAAUUAUUAUUAGUUUUAUCUAUUAAUUGUGAUAUAAAAGUAUCUUAAUAAAAUUACCUAAGAUAUUUUUCGUUAUAAUUUUUUUUCAACAUUGGAAAAACUCAGAGUACGGAAGAGAGUUUAGGACGAGGUGUUUUGUGAUCAUAAAAGCACGGAAAUAUCAGUUUUUCAAUAUAAGGUUUAUGACAUUUUGAAUAAUUGGUUGUUUGGAACUUUUUAAAACUGUUUUAGUUUUUUACUAGACUAUUUAUACAACUUUGAUAGGUAAGCUGUAUAUUUGUUGGUAAGGAUUUUUAUAUGGACAUUAAAUUGAAUUUUCGAUCAAAUUGUAUGUUACAACUUAGUGCCAAGUUAAAAUAGUGUCUUGCAUAUUAUAGCAAAUAGUGAAGAGUUAAAUAUGUUACAAGAUCUGGCAGCUAUUUUAACAAUUUUAAGUGCUACAGAUUGUUUUAUUACCUUAACAUUGAACUGGUAUCGGUGUAACACAGGUAGUUAAUCUUAAAAUGUUUUGAAUUGAGUUCGUUAGGAUUAAAAUAGAAAUAAUUGAAAUAUUUAAUUGCCUUAAAUAUGCUAUUUUAAUGUUUCUACUAUUUUCUUAAUUUCAAUAAAUCUAGACAGUUAUUCAUGUAAUAUCAUGUAAUAUCCACAAAACUCUUCACCUUAGCUUUGGAAGUCGUCUUUAAAUAACUGGAAUGGGAAGACAUGGGUAUCAACGUAAACAGAACGAAACUCAAUCACCUCAGAUAUUGCGAUGAUGUUGUUCUUAUUACAACCAACCAAGAAGAACUAGCCACAAUGCUGACUCAACUAGCAUAAGCAUCAGAGAAGAUAGGAUUAAAAAUGAACAUGAUUAAAACAAAAAUCAUAAAUACAAAUGCCAGUAAUAAAUAACGUAAAUAUUGAGUAUGUUGAGUAAUAUACAUAUACAGUGAUGAGCGCGCUAUUAACCGGCAAACUAGCUCAAAAGAUGGAAAACAUAAUACAUUGCGAAACAAAAAGAGAUGAAACUAGUGGAGGUAGAAAUUAUUGUUAUAAACGUAUUAAUUAACAUUACAUUACAUAGUUUCCCACCUUUAGACGUAUCAGAGGAGUAUGAAACUGUCAUUGUGACAGUAGAAUUUUAUAAAAUACUCCUGUCACAGACGUCUAAAGGUGGGAAACUAUGUAAUGUAAUGUUAAUUAAUACGUUUAUAACAAUAAUUUACACCUCCAGUAGUUUCAUCUUUUUUUGUUUCGCAAUGUAUUAUGUUUUCCAUCUUUUGAGCUAUUUUGCCGGUUGUUAGUGCGCUCAUCACUGUAUACCUGGGUCAAAUAAUCAAAGCUAAUAAAGAGAACCAAACAAUUGAAGUACAGAGAAGAAUUAAAUUGGCGUGGGCAGUGUUUGGAAAGUUAAGCUGGAUACUAAAAAGCACAAAGAUACAACAGUACCUAAAAACCCGUGUAUUGGAUUAGUGCAUCCUUCCUGAUCUGACGUAUGGCUCAGAAACAUGGACAUUAACAAAUUCCAACAUAAACAAAAUAAAAAUAUCUCAAAGAAAAUGGAAAGAUCGAUGUUGGGAAUAAAACUGCAAGACGGAAAAUCAAACACAUGGAUAAGAGAGAAAACAAAAGCAAAAAAGUUAACAGAACAUAUAACAGGGUUAAGUGGAGAUUUGCGAGACAGGAAGAUAAAAUAUGGAAUGCUGAAAUACAAAACUGGAGACCGUGGACUUAAGAUGCGAUGGAAGGAUGAUGUUGUAAAAGCUGCAGGAACUCACAAGAAAAGCGCAGCCAAGGACAGACAGAUAUGGAAAAAUUUGGGGAAGGCGUAUGUCCAAAGUUGGAUAGAAAUGAGCUAAAGAAGAAGAAGAAGAAGACAGUUACUGCAUCUGUCUCUAGUGGUAUUUUAAUUAUGUAAACUUUUCUACUUAUAACUUAUCUGUCGGCCCAUUUGACAGUAAUUAAAUUUUUGCCGUCGAAAUAAUAGUCCUGUGUGCCCCUGUCAUCUCUUUACCAUUAUUUUGUUUGAUUCAACUGGACGAUGAUCAGUGCGAUUUUAUCUGAAAAUACCAGUGGCGCGAUAUCCUAAAAACAGUUGCCCUGAUAUCCGCGAUAUCCUAAAAAUAUAUUUAAUAUCUAUUGGGAUAUUCUACUAGAAGUAACAUCGUUCCACUGCACAACAAUAAAGUACUUCUUUAGAAAUUGAAACAAUAUCUGUAACUGUCAAGAUUUUGCUAAAAAUCUCUAAUUUCUAAGUUUUCCUUGCUUGACAAUUGUUCUCCAUUCUUUAUGGUUUUUAGUUUUUCCUCUCCAAUUUCUACUUCAUCUAACCAUCUCCUUCUUCGUCGACCUACCCUCCUUUUGUCAUCCAUCUCUGGAUCUUCUAAUAUUUUUGGUAUUUUUUCUCUUUCAUUCCUUCUAAAUGCAUCAACCGAGUCUUGAUGCUUUUUCUAUUUCUGAUAACGCAGGCCCUUUAAAACGACUCAUGAUUUCGGCAUUGGCUCUUUUUCUGUAUACCACCCCUCUUUUACACCUCCAAAAAUUCUCAAUAUUUUCGUUUCCCAUGCAUUUAUUUUUUCUUCUUCUGUUUAGUUUAUCACCCAUCAAGUGCUUACGGAAGAACUUUUCAGUAUUAAUUAAUAAUAUAUUAAUUUCUAAUAAUAAUUAGUAUUUAGCAGAUUUUCUCGGUUUGCCUCAAUGUAAAAAUCUGUGACUGAUCUUUUUUUUUUCGAAAACCUCAUUGAUACCUACUCUCCUAUAAUUUUUAGUAUAAGUUUUCGUAUAAGUUUUCGUAUUCUAAAGAGACUGUAAGAUCUUAUUCCUUCGACCAGUAAUCUUUUUGACAACCAGGAAACUUAAGGAACCCAACGGAUAUUUUUAAAUCAUCAAUUUAAAUGUUGACACCUGACUUGUUUUGUCACCGACAAACAUAUUUAUUCUUUUCCUCAGUUGUUAGCUUGAGCAACAAACAAGUGUAAGACAAGUUUUUAAAUCUACUUUAUCAUCUAGUCUAGUACAGUGAAAGAAGACAAAGCCAAAAGCUCUUCUGCAAACUCUUGCCCGUUGUGGGCCUUUCUUAUUACAAAUUUACAUGUUUAAGGAAAAUUAACUAUUUUAAUUAUUUCUAUUUAUAGUCCAGGGCGCAUCUGUAAAAAUCUGAGUACAUUUGUAUGUUGAGAGGUUGGGAUUUUGAGAAAAUAAUUUUGCAAUCCAGCUUUCGCAAAAAAUACAAUUUUUCAAAAUUUUGCAGGACUGAAAAUAUAGCAGAUAGCAAGUUGAAUUUUUUUUUAUAUAAUAUAUGAAAUAUAAUUUUAUUUGCAAUUUUCAAAAUUAAAAUCGGUUAAUUAGCACGGCGUCAGGAAUUUUUUUAAAUAAACAUUAAUUUUUAGUGCUACGCGCAGGACAGCGGAUACGUAUGCUCCGAUUGGGCAAUCAAAUGACCUGUCAAAAAUGAUCGAAUAUUGCGGCUGUGGACAAACAAAUGUGUUAUUGUUAAUAAUUGUUAAGGUGGGGUUUUAGUUUUUAUUCUUUGAGAACAGAGACGUAAUAAGUAAGUUUAUUACUUGUAGUGACUUUUUAAAUAGUUUUACUGUUUAAAUGUACCCAAUUAGACAUGCGAACUGAAGGUUUUAAAGUUUUUGACAGUUAGUCAUAAUAUUUGCUUAUUGUCUUAAUUAAUCAAAUUAGUUUGAUUUUUGUGGAAUUAAAAUAUUAAAAUACAACAAAAUAUAGAUUAAGAAAAUAAUAUUUUAGAUAAAGAUUGGUAGAAAUUUUAUUGCAAAUCAAAUUGUAUAAAUCGAACAUUUUACAUUUUCCAAAUAUGUAGAAUAUAUAAUUUUCCAAUACAAUACUAAAAUAUUUACACAUAAGUACCUGUUGCUUUUAAAAACUAUUUAAAAAGUCCCUACAAGUAUAAACUUACUUUUGUCUCUGCUCUCACAACAAUAAAAACUAAAACACCUAACAAUUAUUAACAAUACAUUUGUUUGUCCACAGCCGCAAUAUUCGAUACUUUUUGACAGGUCAUUGGAAUGCCCAAUCAGAGCAAACGUAUCCGCUGUCCUGCGCGUAACACCAAAAAUUAAUGUUUAUUUAUAAAAAUUCCUGACGCAGUGCUAAUUAACCGAUUUUAAUUUUGAAAAUUGCAAAUGAAAGAUACAGUAUUCUUCUAUAUGUAAAAAAAAUUAACUUGCUAUCUGGUUUAUUUUCAGUCCUGCAAAUUUUUUUUGCAAAAGCUGGAUUGCAAAAUUAUUUUCUCAAAAUCUGUUAAACCGAUCGUAAUUAAAUUUACAGUAUUGUUUUAUUGUAUCUUAAAGUUUUUCUGGAUGAAAUAUGAAAGUUCCAAGCGUAGCAUAAAUGGUUGAAAAAAAGUAAAAUGCGAAUACUUGUUUUUUAUGGUAUGUAAGGUAUGGUAUGCAAUUAUUGCUAUUUUGCAACAAGGAUGACAAUUUUUAAAAAUUUUAACCAAUCCUAUCUUGUAGGAGAUUUGAUUACGCAACUUUUCUCGGAAAUGAAUAUGUACUUUUAAAGUUAUAAUCAAAAAACGAAGAAAAAGAUCUAAUUUUUUUCCUUUUUUGACAUUUUGAUUAUUUAAACAAUAUUCCGGACCUUUUUGAGUGGGAGGAUAAUCCAAUUAUUAUUAUAUGAGUUAUUUCCAAGCAGUUUCUGCAAAAAAGUAUGAGGCACCUCUCAACAUCCAUCUCAAAACAGAUGCGCCCUAAACUAUUAUGAAUGAGUGUACCAUAUCGCCUUUGUUCGAGUACCUGUAAUUAAGGAAAGCAUUAGACACUGCCGUUCUUAUUUUAGUUUGGACGUUUUAUUGAAACCUUAUGAAAUCAGUGCAAAUUUGAAUUGUUUUAUUUUAUUUUUCGAUUGAUAUUCAAUUAUGCCUUCGGAACUGAUAAAUAAUUUUUAAGGCCUAAUUUGAAUGUUGCUUAGUAUUAGAAUUAUAUGUAUAUAAAAGUCUAGUCUUAACAUUUUCUUUUGUAGUUUUCAUAUUUCAUUUUAUUUUAAAUAUAUCAUUUAAAUAAAAGUUAAAUUUGU